AUGUUCAAUAACCCCGUGGGAGUAGCUAAACUUAAAAUUGGUGUUUGUAUCCAGUCCGAUGAUUAUCCUGAUCCCCUAGCAGCCCCUUGCGGGACAAUCAAUAAUAGAGGCGCUACCUCUCGGGAGGCAGAAUUGAAAAGUCUCAAGGUUAAAUUGAACAAAACUGCUCCUUUGGGCAAGUGGCGUGGCAGACGCGACAUCAUUUUCAUCAAAGCCCCUUGGGAUACGGCACGUAUACGUAACGCUUUAGCUUACGAACUCCUCUCCGGAAUCGACGGAUUCAUUGGCAUCGGAGUGGCAUAUGUGCACCUCUUUGUGGAUGACAGGGACUUCGGUUUGUAUCAGAUAGUAGAGGACCUGAACGAGGAGUAUCUAGUAAAUCAUUCCCUUGGCAGAAAUGAUUUUCUUUUAAAGGCGGAUGACUUCGAAUGGAGACCACCCAAAAUCGGCUACGUGCCCAAUGGGGACAAUCCGCUGAACUUGGAAUGGCUAGAUGCGAAGGUUGGGAACAACACUACGGAACGGUUUGACGAAACCGUUUCAAUCACAACAGCUCUGCGUGAUGCGAUAGACAACAAAGACUGCGCUGCCGCUGAAGCCGUGAUAGCUCAGUUCAUCGACGUGGAGAGUCUCACCACCUUCAUCGCUAUCAAUACGGUUAUGCUCGAGUACGAUGUUUUGAACCACAACUUCCUAAUUUACCGAUCAGCUGAUGGUGGCAAAUGGUCCCACCAGUUUUG